AUGUUAGGAGGAUCAUCACAGUGUAGUGCCAUUCCACCGCAUCCGUACGGUGGUGAUGUGAGACGGUCAAUUCCAUUAAUGGAAACAACAACAAAAAGAACUCCACGAUUUCUCUCAACGGCAUAUAAUUUUUCUACAAGUAAGUCUGAGGAAGUAUGUAGACCAAUAGAGAAGAAUACUACUACUACUACUACUACUACUACUACUACUACUACUACUGUUGAAGAUAAUACGUGCAGAUGUUACUCCUCACAAGAACACCCAUGGUGGCGUUGUAGUAAUAAUAAUGGUAAUUACUGGAGUGGGAUAUCUUUACAAAAAGAUACUAUUCUUACUUCGUCCAUACCGCUUACGACAACCUCAUCGCUUUUACCGAAUAGUUUUAGAAGUGUAUGUAAACCCCAAACAUGCGUAAAUGAUAAUGAUGAUCUUUUUCUUGAUGAUAGAGGCUAUUAUGAUUCUUAUAGUGAUCCAUGCCGUACGGAGAGACGUACGUUCUGGCCGACACGUAGUUAUAUUGAUAAGAAGAGGAAUUUUCUCUCUUCAGAUGCCACUGUGGCUGAAACAUGUGGAGUAGCAGAGAAGAACGGAUCUUCUCCAGCGUGGUAUGAAUUGGAAUGUGCAUCUAUGCAGCCGCCGAGUAUGGAGCAGCCGUAUAAUAUUAUAGAAACAACAAGAAGAGCAGAUGAGCAAGUGAGGGAAAUGACUGUAUGGGAUGUAGAAGAGAGAAGAUCUACGGAGAAUAAAGAGAAUACCGAUAGUGAAAAGAAUACCGAUAAGGGAGAAAAUACCGAUAGUGAAGAGAGUACAGAUAGUAAAGAGAAUAACGAUAGUAAAGAGAAUAGAGAUAGUAAAGAAUGUGUUGAAGUGGAGAUGCAUCGCAGUGUCACUUCCUCUUUGCAUGGAAGUACAGAAACGAAAUGUCCAACACCAUCCGCACCGGCUUCUCCAAUACAAUUACCCACAACCAUGUUAACAUCCACACCCAUGCCCAUCAUUGAAGUAGAAGCAGUGAGUACAUUAGAAAAACGGGAUUUAAUUCAAACUCCACCCGCAUCUUCUUCUUCCUUCUCUGGAGAUUCCAGUGGAAUCACACUUGAGCGGCUUAUGCGGGCGGUGCGCUCUGCACGAGAACGGGCAAAACAACAACGGCAAGAAAAAAAUCAACAUUAUUGA